CCCCCACAUCUCUGACAUUCUUUGCAGAACGCUCCUCCACGCCGCUGCUCCCGCUCCAACGCCGCUCCUGCUCCCGAGAGUCGCUCCUCCAGAGGUGAAGAUGGGCAAAAUCAACGGCUGCCUCAAAUGUCUUUUCAUCUUCUUCAAUGUCCUCUUUGAGAUCGUCGGAUGUGUUCUGUUGUACGGAGCCAUCAAAACCCUGGGAUAUGCAGAGAUAUCACAGUUUGGAGGCCCCAGCCUGGUCUGGAUUUGGGUUUUUGCCUUCGGAUUUCUUGGCAUCUCUUCUCUGGGAAUCUAUGCCGCCUGCUCCGAGAACACCAUUGCCCUCAAAAUAUUUGCUGGAUUCAUGGGUGCUGGAAUGAUCAUCAUGAUCAUCUUUGGGAUCUACAUAGCUGUCGUGAAAAACCAGGUUGAUGAUUUAAUUCACACAGUUGCUAAGACCAUACUGGACGAGGACGGUCACAAGGAAGUGAUGGAGCAGGUCCACAGAACUUUUCAGUGCUGUGGAAUUCUGAGUCUGGACGACUGGCACGGAACCAUUCCUCAGUCGUGUAGCUGCAGUGAGGACAGUUUCUACUCCUAUGACUCCCCCUCUAAAUGCAGGAGCAAACCAGCCGGAUCCACUGGACCAGAGCGUAUAUAUGCUGAGCCCUGCGCUAACAUCUUCAAAUACUACGUCAACCUGAUCUUCUCCGUCGCCUUGGGCUUCUACUUUGGCUUUGCUGCGAUUGCGCUCAUGGGUCUGCUGAUCUCCCUCUUCAUGGUCCAUCAGCUCAAAAAAUACGAGGGCGCCGGAGCCGCCAUGCCCAUGAAGAGCUACUGAAGAUGAGGCUCCGCCCUCUUCCUCAGACCUCCGCACUGAAGGGUUCAAACGCCACCUCCCUCACAGGCUUCUCUGUAACCUGAAGUCUGCUCGAUCCUCAGCAGGGAAACAGAACCAGAAGCAUGAACGCAGGAUUGUUUUUAUCUUAGUUUUCUAUGUUUAAACGUAGUUUCAUAUAAGGGAAAUGUUGGUUUGUUGUCGUGUUUUUGUUCCAUUUGACACAGUAGUCAUCAGUUUAUGUCGAGCCUUUGUCUGUGUCAGAUUUCUCAAACGAUCCGACACUUUAAGAAAAUUAAAUAGAAAAUGAAAACUCACAUGAAGCUGAAAUCCAUGAAGACAAAAAAUCUAAACGGCUUCAAAUUCUGCAACAGCACUUCCUUUUUUAAAGCACUUAUGGGCGAAAAUUUAAGUCACUUUGGUGUUUUACAAAAUAUUCAAACAACUUUUAUCCACGAUUAAACCAAAAAUGAAACGGUUUUCCUUUCAUUUGCAUUUAGGAACAAAAUGUUAACAUUUUAAGCGGUUCAGGAAGUCUCAAUUAAUGCACAAAAUAAAAGCUCAACUUAUUUUAAAUCAUUGUUUCAAUAAUCCAAAACUUUAUAGAAUAAAGUUAUAGAAUUUUACAAACUGUUUAUUUUUUAAUAAUUUCAAAUUAAAUUAGCUGCUAAAAUAUGAAUUUAUUCUUAAGAAAUAAAUUCAUCCCUAUUAAAAAAUAGUGAUUUAUUUUGACAAACCUUUUUUUAAAGUAAAAUUAUUUUUUUAUUUUAACAUAAAACCAAAAAAAGUCAGUUAAGAAAGUGAACUUUUUAGUGAUCUGUUUAUGCUUUUACGUCUCUUUUUUAUGUUAACUUUGUUGCUUUAUACAAACAGAUAUUUUGCAUAUUUUUUUUUUACUUUUUUGUAAAACUUUAUUGGUGUACAAAGCUCUCUGUGGACGGCUUGUAUGUUGCAUGUCAGACUUCUUUGGCGUCGGAUGAAGCCGUCGGACGCCGUCGGACGCCGUUCACCCGUCGCUCCUCACAGGAAGGAGGUACAGGAGGAAACACAUCAGAGGACUCCUUCAGUGUAAAAGCUGCAUCCUCAAAAUAAACUCGUCAAAGUAAAAUA